AUGAAUACCUCUUCUAUUCCCUCCAUUGGCCAUUACAUCAAUGGGCAACGCACUUCAGCCACAGGCACGCAAAACGUAUUUAACCCCGCCACUGGUCAGGUCACAGGGCAAGUUGCCUUAGGCGGUAGUGCCGAAGUCGCCGCUGCGGUAGCUGCUGCCCAGGCAGCUUUCCCCGCCUGGGCUGACACACCGCCGAUACGCCGCGCCCGUAUCAUGCUCAAAUUCUUAGAAUUGGUAAACCAGCACAAAGACGUACUGGCAAAGGCCAUUACGCUGGAGCAUGGCAAGGUAUUUACCGACGCGCAGGGUGAGGUGAGCCGUGGCAUAGAUAUAUUGGAGUUCUCCUGCGGCGUGCCGCAGCUGUUAAAAGGCGACUUUACCGACCAGGUGAGCACCGGCAUAGACAACUGGACGCUGCGCCAGCCCCUGGGCGUAGUGGCGGGCAUUACGCCGUUUAACUUCCCCGUGAUGGUGCCCAUGUGGAUGUACCCCGUGGCGAUUGCCUGUGGUAACACCUUUGUGCUCAAACCCAGCCCGAUAGACCCCAGUGCCUCGCUGUUGAUGGCUGACUUGUUGAAAGAGGCGGGGCUGCCAGACGGCGUAUUUAACGUGGUGCAGGGCAAUAAAGAAGCGGUAGAUGCACUGCUGACCCACCCCGAUGUCAAGGCGGUGAGCUUUGUUGGUUCUACCCCUAUCGCCAACUAUAUUUAUGAAACUGGGGCGCACCACGGCAAGCGGGUACAAGCCUUGGGCGGGGCCAAAAACCACAUGGUCAUCAUGCCCGAUGCUGAUGUGGAGCAAGUGGUCGAUGCCCUUAUCGGCGCAGCGUACGGCAGCGCAGGCGAGCGUUGCAUGGCCAUUAGCGUAGCCGUAUUUGUGGGCGGGGAUAUUGCGGCA